AUGAUUCUUGGGUUUUUGAUUGCACUUUGGAGUUUUGUGAUAGAAAUUUUUAUUGGUGGAGGUGGAGUUUCCAAGUUGAAUGUUGGAGAAGAAGUAAGCAGCUCGAAUCAGAAAUCAAAACCAACGGGAUGCGUCUCCGCGGUGCAAAUUCUUGCAACGCUUCUUAUAUAA